GCCCGUCCCCGCCCACCGCGGCGCGUGUUAACGGGCUGGCAGAGCACUGUGCCGGACGGGCGCUCCGACUCUACAAACUUGGUUCUUGUUGAAAUGCACGCUGGUUGCUGGGUUUGAUGUUUGCCGAAUCAGAGCGGGUCCCUCGGUAGUUCAGAAAAUCUCUUGAAUUAUAUUUUACUGGUUUGCACUCUUGCCGUUAGGCGAGGAAACCUGUGACUGACGGGUUUUUUCAGCGGACCUCGGCGUGCAUUUCCUCGCCUAAGCAGAAGCUGGGCUCCGGACUCGGUGCUCCGGGGAGGCCGGGCUCCCUGCUCCUACCUUCGGGUCCUUCUCGUAGUAGUACUGCUGGGUGCGGAUCCAGCGGCCCACCAGGUGGUCCCGGACGCUGUGGGCCAGGGCGAAGUAGUAGUCCCGGGGCGUCGCGACGUUGCGGUCCUUGACCAGCGUGAAGUGGAGGUGCCGGUUGAAGCUCCGCUUCAUCUCCGCCACGUCGCCCAGCCCGGCGAUGCCGCGGACGCUGAUCUGCUUCUGCUUCCGCUUCUCCUGGUCCGUCAGCGGAGCCGCCAUGUUCCCGGGCCCGGAGCAGACUGGAGGGACUGGGAGAGAACCCGGCUCGGAACCUGCGAACACAACAGAACGCAGAGCAGAUUAGCCGGCAUACACAACCAUGAGGUCUGUGCUGACUCCGCCCACCAGACAUCUGGCCCCGCCCAGCACUAAACCACGCCCCUCCGCGGGCUUCAGCCUUGGAUUUUUUUUCUAUUUUUUGCAUCUGGAAGCUUCUGUCGAGUGAUUCCUCUUCUCACUGAUCAAUGAUCGUGUGUAGACGUUGAGUUUGUGCGUCCUGACGUCAGACUCGCAGUGUCAACAAAUUGGCUGCCACUUCCGGGUUGAGGGAAAACAGAUUGGAGUUCCGACAGUCAGCAGGAUGUCGACCACCAGUCAGAAGCACCGGGACUUUGUGGCCGAGCCGAUGGGCGACAAGGCGGUGACUGAUCUGUCGGGGAUCGGAUACGCUCUGGGCACGAAGCUGCAGGAUCAGGGCUUUGACAAGGCCUACGCGGUGCUCGGUCAGUUCCUGCUGCUUAGGAAAAACACCGAGCUGUUUGCCGAGUGGCUGAAAGACGCCAGCGGCGCCAACUCCAAGCAGGCCGCCGACUGCGCCCAGUGUCUGAGUGAGUGGUGCAACAACUUCCUGUGAGCCGCCACUUCCCGCCUGGACACGCCCACUUCCUGCCUGGACACGCCCACUUCCUGCCUGGGCACGCCCACUUCCUGGUGAAACUCCUGAAUGCUGUGGCUGAGUUGGGUGACAUCGUGUUUACAGUGAUGCCCUCUUCUGCUGCACUGCCAGCUUUGUGUUUUCUAAAAUAAUCUGUAAAAGUGGCUUUAUUGGAGAAUGUCUAAAUAAAGGCUUAUGUUCU